AUGAAAAGCAUCACAUGUUAUUUGCUAGUAUUCUUCUGCGUGUUAUUUACACCUUGUUUUUCAAUAACCGAUCUCGAUGCGUUGCUAAAGCUUAAAGAAUCAAUGAAAGGAGGGAAAUCAAAACACGGCGAUUUACUUGGAGACUGGAAGUUUUCCAGUUCUGGUUCAGCUCACUGCUCAUUUUCCGGUGUAACAUGCAAUCAAGAUAAACGAGUGAUAGUUCUGAACGUGACACAAGUUCCACUCUUCGGAAGAAUUUCUAAGGAGAUUGGAGUGUUGGAUAAGCUUGAGAGACUCAUCAUCACCAUGGAUAAUCUCACAGGUGAGCUUCCGUUUGAGAUAUCCAAUCUUACCUCUCUUAAAACCCUUAACAUCUCUCACAACACCUUCUCUGGUAACUUCCCCGGCAACAUCACUCUCCCUAUGACGAAACUGGAGGUUCUAGAUGCUUAUGACAAUAGCUUCACUGGUCAUCUUCCUGAGGAAAUCGUUAGCCUCAAGGAACUCAAGUUCUUAUGUCUUGCCGGAAACUAUUUCACCGGUACGAUACCGGAGACUUACUCGGAGUUUCAGAAGUUGGAGAUUUUAAGCAUAAAUGCAAACAGUUUAUCGGGGAAGAUUCCUAAGAGCUUGUCCAAAUUAAAGACGCUGAAGGAACUCCGUCUAGGUUAUAACAACGCUUACGAAGGCGGAGUUCCACCGGAGUUUGGUUCCUUGAAAUCUCUCCGAUACCUUGAAGUGUCUAACUGUAACCUCACCGGAGAAAUUCCACCGAGUUUGGGAAAUUUAGAAAACCUAGACAGCUUGUUCUUGCAAAUGAACAACCUCACCGGAACAAUUCCACCGGAACUCUCUUCCAUGAAGAGUCUCAUGUCGUUGGAUCUCUCCAUCAACGAACUCUCCGGAGAGAUUCCCGAGAGCUUCUCAAAUCUCAAAAACCUUACUCUCUUGAAUUUCUUCAAGAACAAGCUUCGCGGUUCUAUUCCGGCAUUUAUCGGUGAUCUUCCUAACCUAGAAACGCUUCAGGUUUGGGAAAACAAUUUCUCUUUUGUAUUGCCACAAAAUCUCGGUUCAAACGGAAAGUUCAUUUUCUUUGACGUUACGAAGAAUCACCUCACCGGAUUGAUUCCACCGGAUUUGUGCAAAUCGAAGAAGUUACAAACCUUUAUCGUUACCGAUAACUUCUUCCACGGUCCAAUUCCUAAAGGAAUCGGCGCGUGUAAGUCACUUCUCAAAAUCAGAGUUGCCAAUAACUACUUAGACGGGCCGGUCCCACAGGGGAUUUUUCAAUUGCCUUCUGUAACGAUAAUAGAGCUUGAAAAUAACCGUUUUAACGGCCAACUACCUUCCGAAGUUUCCGGCGUUAAUCUCGGGAUUCUCACUAUCUCUAACAACUUAUUCACCGGGAGGAUUCCCGCUUCGAUGAAGAAUCUCCGAUCACUUCAGACUCUGUUGCUUGACGCUAAUCAGUUCGUCGGAGAAAUUCCGGAGGAAGUCUUUGACCUACCAGUGUUAACCAACUUCAACAUAAGUGGUAACAACCUCACCGGUGUAAUCCCAACGACGGUUUCUCAGUGUAAAUCGUUGACAGCCGUUGACUUCAGCCGGAACAUGAUUACCGGCGAGGUUCCAAAGGGAAUGAAGAAUCUGAAGGUUCUCAGCAUUUUCAACCUUUCACAUAACAACAUAUCGGGACUAAUCCCCGACGAGAUUCGAUUCAUAACAAGUCUCACCACGCUGGAUCUUUCCUAUAACAAUUUCACCGGCAUAGUCCCCACCGGCGGUCAGUUUUUGGUUUUCAACGACAGGUCGUUUUUCGGAAACCCUAACCUCUGUUUCCCACACCAAUCCUCGUGCUCUUCCUAUAUCUUUCCCUCGAGAAAAAAUCACACGAAGGUGAAGGCCAUCAUUACCGCGAUUGCUCUCACCACAGCGGUGCUACUGGUAAUCGCGACGAUGCACAUGAUGAGGAAGAGAAAGCUUCAUAUAGCGAAAGCAUGGAAGUUAACAGCAUUUCAGAGACUAGACUUCAAAGCAGAGGAAGUUGUGGAGUGUUUGAAAGAAGAGAACAUAAUAGGAAAAGGAGGAGCCGGGAUCGUGUACAGAGGGUCCAUGCCAAACGGAACAGACGUUGCGAUAAAGCGUUUAGUUGGACAAGGAAGUGGGAGAAACGAUUACGGUUUCAAAGCAGAGAUAGAAACAUUGGGUAGAAUCAGACACAGAAACAUAAUGAGGCUAUUGGGUUACGUUUCAAAUAAGGACACAAAUCUGUUGCUGUAUGAGUACAUGCCGAAUGGUAGUUUAGGGGAAUGGCUUCAUGGUGCAAAAGGCUGUCAUUUGAGUUGGGAAAUGAGGUAUAAAAUCGCAGUGGAAGCUGCUAAAGGACUUUGCUAUUUGCACCAUGAUUGUUCACCUCUUAUUAUUCAUAGGGAUGUUAAGUCCAAUAAUAUCUUGUUAGAUGCUGACUUUGAAGCCCAUGUUGCUGAUUUUGGACUUGCUAAGUUUUUAUAUGACCCAGGUGCUUCCCAGUCCAUGUCCUCUAUUGCUGGCUCCUACGGCUACAUUGCUCCAGAGUAUGCUUAUACGCUGAAAGUGGAUGAGAAAAGCGAUGUGUAUAGCUUUGGAGUGGUGCUAUUGGAGCUGAUCAUAGGAAGGAAACCAGUGGGUGAGUUUGGAGAUGGAGUGGACAUCGUUGGAUGGAUCAAUAAAACUGAAUUAGAGCUUUAUCAGCCGUCAGAUAAAGCAUUGGUGUCGGCGGUGGUGGACCCGCGGCUCACUGGAUACCCAAUGGCAAGUGUUAUCUACAUGUUCAACAUAGCUAUGAUGUGUGUUAAAGAAAUGGGACCCGCAAGGCCUACCAUGAGGGAAGUAGUUCAUAUGCUCACUAAUCCACCUCAGUCUACCACUCAUAACAACCUUAUUAAUCUCUAG